UGAGGAAAUUCAAAAAAAUCAAAAGGUAAUAAAUAUUGUGUAGAUGGCGGAAAAGACAUCUUGCAUUUUCUCUCUUUUUAAAAAAAGAGAGAAAAAAAAGUGAUUGACUUUGUGUAUGUUGUGCAUGAUUUUGAAAGGGGGAUGGCAACAGCAGACUUUCUGGGGAACACAGCUGAUGUUUAGUGUGUGACGUCAGUUAAACAAAGCCAUGCGCGGUUGAUGGUUGUGUGGAUGCCGUGAGCGAGGCAAUAGUAGCGAGAGGUUUGAGCAUUUGAGUAUCGGGCUGUCAAAUACUCGGCUUCCGCGAAACGGCCUUACAAAAACAGUUACCAAAUUGCGGUUGUGUUAUCGCGACUGCUUGCGUUUUCCUUGUACAGGUAAAAAACGCAAAAAGGCAGUGACAAGCCCGCGAAUUUUAUUUUAUUUGACACAUCACAAGCAGCGCUUAAAGAAAAGAGAAAUGCCGUUCAUCUCCAAAGAUUGGCGUAGUCCAGGCGAGGAAUGGGUGAAAACUGUUGAAGGCUGGGAAAAAAAGAAGAUCCUAGAAUGUGCCAACAAUAAAACACUUUCGCUUUUAAUUCGCGGGGAAAAAGAAGGAGAGAAAAAGGAGAAAGAAAAAGAGAAGAAAAAAGAAAAUGCCGUCCAGCCGCACUGUCACAUCACUUUGAAAUGUACCCGAGAGAUUGCAGGUUUCAAUGGUUUGAGCGAUGCCUUGAAGAGACUUGAUUUCUUAUCAGCUGUUCAUGACUGUCGUCGUUUCAAUUAUAUCGUCAGACUUCUAGAUUUGCUUGUGAGCCACAGGAUGGGAGGGCUUAGCGGAUGCGCCCAACGUGUUCUUUUUAACAUGCUCGAGGAAGUUGCAUUAGAAGUGUCCUUAUCGCAACAACAAACUGGAAGAUUAAGACGACUGAUAGAGAGGGUUCGAGCCUUCAGCGCUGGUUGCUGUUGGGGUGGUAGAGCUUUGGGUUCAGUAAUUUUGUGGGAGAAACAUAAAGCAGCUCUUGAGCGAAUUUUGCAUAUCGCCUCGUCCAUUACCAUUACACAGCCCGAUGAGGAACAGCAUCCACAAUGGUCCGAUUUACCUGCAGAAUGUCGUCGAGAGGUGUUACUUCGAUUAAGUGAUCCGCGCGAUAUUGAAGCAUCAUCCGAGGCUUGUGAACAUCUUGCUGUUCUUGCUCAGGAGCAAAGAAUUUGGCGUGAACUUGCUCAGUAUCAUUUUACGCCACAACAAAUAGCCACUACUCGGCAAAAAAAUCCUGGUAAAGACUGGAAGACUUUAUUUACGAUUGCCCGAAAGUCUUUUGGUCUUCGAGAGGAAUAUGCAGAAAUGAUUCAAUUAUGUCGCAACUGCCGUUGUUUAUUUUGGCGAUCAUUGGGCCAUCCAUGUAUCGCUGAUCAAGAUCCGGCCUUUCAAGAAAAACUAGCUGACGUUGAUCAAACUACACUCCACGUUCCGAUUCCUCCACAAACUUUCCUAAAGUUCUUUUCGCUGUGAACAAUUUUUUGAUCAAACGCUUACUUUUUUUUUAUUUAUUUUUUUUUUUAAACAAGCAGAACAAUUAUACACAUCAGAGAGAAAGAGAGAGAAAAUGCCACGGAUAUGAAUGAUUAUUAAAUAAUUGAAAUUACUGCCGAUAAAAGAUUAAAUUAUUCUGAGUAAAUUUUAGAUACAAGUACUUGUAAAAAUAUGUACUUGUGUAUAAUUCAGAAUCAAAAGAAAAAAUAUAUAAAUAUAAUAUAUGUUGUUUAAAUCGGCAGUAAAAGAAAAUUUUAAAUUUUGUGUGUGAUUCCUAGUCUGCUUUAUCUUUAUCGCGACUCGUCCAAAAGAAGAAUAAAAUAAACAGAAACUACAUUAUACGCUUUCGAGUGAAAAAUCGAAUAAAAUUCGAUUUAAAAAUUGCAGCGUAAACACGAGAAUUCUAUCAUAAAAACGCCUAAUAUUGAUUUAAAAUCACGAACAAGAAAAAAAAAAAAAAAAAAGAUACUUUCAUCGAGAAAGAAAAAUAAAUACGGCGAAUUUAAAGGGAUGAUAUCCCUUUUUUUUGUAAAUUAUUGUGGGCAAAUAAAUAUUCCUGCCAUUAUAAAGAACGAGAUCUUUAUCGCCAGAAGAAAGAGAAAAAUAAGAGAGAGGGAGAGAAAGAGAGAGAAAAUUAAUUAUAAAUCUUCUAUCUUGUACUUAAUAUUAAAUGUUAGACAAGUAUCGAGUAUGAAUUUUGAAUUAAUCGAUUAGCAUUGAUCUCGAAUCAAGUUCGUAUUUUCUUCUCGAGUAAGUUAGGCCUGAUUGAUCUGCAAAGACAGUAAACAUAUAAUUACUUAUAUAA